AUGUUUGUGCAUAUUGAUAUGCCUAUUCAGGAUUCUAAGAGCCGCUCUCGCAGUAGCGAUACUGGACUGCACAGGGCAAAAAUAGUACACGUACCAAUGGUUAGCGACAGCUCGGAUAGUCAAGGAAGCGAUACGCCAAUAUCGCGUUCACCGUUUUACGUAGACCGUGGCUGCGAUAACCUUCCUUGUCAAGAUGGGGCAGUACGACAAAAACGAGCGAAACGUGUGCAGAAAACCGAAGAGCUGGGGAAAUCUGUCGACUUGUCCGACGAAAAACGCCGUUACUACUGA